UCAGUUUCCAACUCUUUUUCACCUGCUGUUCUCCACCUGCGGUUUUCUGCCGUGUGCCAUGAAAUGCGCUGGCUGCUUGUGGGGUUGAUUCUUACCACUGGCUGCUUGGGAGAGCUGGAGUACGAGUUGGUGGUGCCAGAGGCUUCCAGGCCCGGUACAGGUCUUCAGCGAGACGACUUGGAUUCCGAGGCACUGGAUGUGCUCUUGUUGAUCGAGACCGACGCGGAGUGCUUCCGAACGGCGCAGAGCGACGUGCGCAAGUGGGCCGCGGCCGGAAACCACAUGGUGGCCACCUGUGCCUACCCGGCAGCCUUUAGCUUCAAGGCCUUUGCGGCAGCAGCGGGCUUGCGCAGUUGUGAGGAAUGCAAUUUGGAGCGGAGUUUGAACCAUUUGCGGAGCUUAGUGGGCGAGUUCAAGGUGAAAAUGCACGAGCUGGCACCCAGCAUGCGGCUGCCGGUGCCCAUUGCCAGCAUUGUACGGCGCUACGUGCUGGAAGAGGUCGAGGUGAUUACUCGAGCCUUUCAGAAGCUUUGGAGCAAUGAGGCACUUCACAGAUGGUUACAGAACCCGAUGGAACUCUCAGCUGCGGCACUGGAGUGUGCACGCUUGGCAGGUGAGCGAAGGCGCAUUUUGUGGUGGCGAACCAACAUGAUGACCUCAGUGGAGGAGUUUGGAUUGGGUCACCUGGUCGAGUUGCUCGCGCCGCGCUCCGACUUCCUGUUGACUCGCCAAGGCGCGCUGGAGGAGCUGCUGGGGGGUCCACCGGCCGCAGGACUCACCUUAGUAGAGGUGGGUGUCCAUCUGGCGCGGCUGGCGUUUGCGCUGCUGGGCACCCAUCAAGGUCUUUUCUACAUCGGUGUGGACCCAUUCGUCUACGGCGAAAGCACCUCGCUGGAGUCGCGGAAGCAGCAGUUGCGUGAUCUGGGGCUCUCACCUGAGGAAGAUGGAGGCAUGGGGGCUCAGGAACUCAGCUCUGAGGUGCGUCGCGCAGCUGAAGACAAGCUGAAGUUCUUCCCAGGCCGAGCGAAGUUGCUGGCCGUGCCCUCCGUGGAUGCAGCUGCUUUGGUGCCCGACCAGUCGGUGGAUGGCGUGUUCAUUGAUGGCGAUCAUUCGUACCUUGAGGUUGUGAAAGAUAUUGACGCGUGGGAACCCAAGGUCAAGCCGGGAGGCUUUUUGAGUGGCCACGACUUUGGCAACCACCGUGACGUGGCCAGGGCCGUGCUGGAGCGCGCUGCGGAGUUCAACCGAACGGUGCACCUCUCAAUGGAUUGGUUCUGGUACUAUUACCUUUAGGAUGGAUCCUUUAGCUCAUCAUCGUACCGAGGCUGGAGCCAAUGGCGCAAGCCAAUGGCGCAGUAGGCGGAACUGGAACACCCGGGAGACGACCAAUCCACUUCGGCGGUUCGCAG